CUCGGAAACAAGAAGAUCGAUCCCGAACUCAGAAACUUUUCCGGCAACCACCAAGAAAUCUCCGACGUUCCUCUCCUUUCCGACUCUGAUCAAGAAAUCAGAAAAAGAGAAUUCAAAUAUGGAAAAAAACUCAUCUCAACCCACACGGCGGCAGAGAUUCGCCGUGGACGACGGCGCCGAUCUAAUAGACUGCUCCGGCAAGCAUUGCCAGUCGUGCACCACCGGCUUGGUUGCGGACUGCAUCGCCAUCUGCUUAUGCCCAUGCUCGGUUGUCAGCUUCUUGGCUCUGGCUCUCGUCAAACUUCCGUGGAUGAUCGGGCGGCGGUGUCUGCAGCAGAGAAGGCAGAAGAGGAAAUUGAUUGGGCGGAGAGGAGAAUGCGAGGGCGGUGGUGUGGCGGCGGAGAGUGGUGGGCGUGCAGCGAGUGAGGAGGGGCUGCCGCCGGGUUUCGGAGAGGAAGAAGCAGAGAGAAUUUGGGUGCAGUUGGGGUUUGGAAGAGUUUCCUUCACUGGGAAUACAAAUUUGUAAAAGACAAUAAAUAAGAGCGGAAUCCACUAUCCAGGCGACCAUUGAGCAUCGAGACUCGAGAGGGAUAGAAAUCGUAUGAGGAAAGAGCUUCUUGCGAAGAAUCGACUACAGAGACAACGAUGGAGGAUCAACCGACUCGAAUAAUGCUUGCAGUGAAUCAGUCAACCAUCAAUGGCUAUCCGCACGCAUCCAUAAGCUGUAGAAGGGCCUUCGAAUGGACUCUCCAGAAGAUCGUUCGCUCCAACACCUCUGGUUUCCACUUGCUCUUCCUCCAUGUCCAAGUUCCUGACGAAGACGGUUUUGAUGGCUCAGAUAGUAUCUCUGCGUCCUCUGAUGAUUUUAAAGACCAGAACCCUAGGUACAAUUCAAGAGGGCUUCAACUACUGGAAUUCUUUGUCACAAGAUGUCAUGAACUUGGGGUUACUUGCGAAUCUUGGCUUAAGAAAGGCGAUCCAACUGAAGUAAUUUGCCUAGAGGCGAAACGCGUGCAACCUGAUUUUCUAGUUCUGGGAAGCAGGGGGCUUGGACCGUUCAAGAAGGUUUUUGUGGGCACUGUAAGUGAGUUCUGUGCAAAACAUGCUGAGUGCCCUGUCAUUACAAUCAAACGUAGGGAGGACGAGACACCCGAAGAUCCCAUCGAUGACUGAGUUUUCAGCCAGUAAAACUCACGGCCUCUUUGAUUUCCCUUCAUGUUUAUAAAUAAGAAACUUUUGGUGAGCGUCGCGUGCAUUUAGUGUGUAAAGGUUGCAAAUUCGCCACUGAUUUGCAUUUGUGUUGUGAUUUGUUCAAGCAUACAGCCAUUAUUUUGUUCCAUUUGAUUGAUGACUCAUUUGGGAAUUGGUAA